UCUCUCUUUCUUUCUCUCGGUCUCUCUGUCUCAGACAAACACACUCUUCUAUAUAUCAAAGCAUUAAUAGAUCACAAAUUUUUGUGAAGAUACGAUGGGAAAAUCUUCUUGUGGUGACAAAGAUGGGUUAAAGAAAGGUCCAUGGACUGCAGAGGAAGAUCAGAAACUGAUUGAUUAUAUUCAAAAGCAUGGACACGGUAGAUGGAGAAUCCUUCCUAAGAAUGCAGGUUUGAAAAGGUGUGGAAAGAGUUGCCGGCUUCGCUGGACAAACUAUUUGAGACCUGACAUCAAGAGAGGGAGGUUCUCGUAUGAAGAAGAAGAGACCAUAAUACAAUUACAUGGUGUUCUGGGAAAUAAGUGGUCAGCUAUUGCUGCUCACUUGCCUGGAAGAACAGAUAACGAGAUCAAGAACUAUUGGAACACCCACAUCAGAAAGAGGCUAUUGAGAAUGGGAAUUGAUCCAGUGACUCACACCCCACGCCUUGAUCUUCUCGAACUCUAUUCGAUUCUGAGCUCAUCUCUCAACAACUCAUCUCAGCUUAAUCUCCCCAGUUUGCUAGGAAUCGGGCCUAUUGUCAAUCCAAAUCUCCUAAGUCUAGCCACAGCUCUCUUGUCAUCUCAAUGCAAAAACCCUGCAGACAGUGGUUCUAAUUCUCAGUAUCUUCAGCAAAACCAGCUUGACAAUAUCCCAAUUGAUCAAAAUCAGUUCCAAUCCACCCAACCAAUUCAGCUAAACACAACUUUUUUCUCCCAAGCAAACCAAGAUCAAAUUCAACCUUUUCAAGGUGAAACCCAGCUGACAGAAGCCAAAAUGGAGCAACUCUCUUCAGACCUUACCAAUUUUAGCAGCUGCCAAACUUCUUUGCCAAAUUUAUGGCAAAAUAACGUACAUCAUCCUGCAGGUUUAGCUAUGAGCGAUAUUCCUUUACCAAAUUUCAGUUUUGGCUCUCUUAUGUCGACAGCUCCAUCAAGUCCCACUCCCUUAAAUUCAGCAUCUACUAUCAGCUAUGCCAACUGUAGCACUGAAGAUGAGAGGGAUAGUUACCGCAGCAAUUUUUUGAUGUAUGAUAUGCCAAAUAGCUUGAAUGCCCGUGGAUUGCAUAUGUAAGACAGCAGGCGUACGUCAAGAUUCAAGAAGCUGAUAUUUUCAUAUAGAUUUAAGCUGUGUCCUUGAGUGUUUAACGUUCAGAUUUAGCUUGGGAUUUUAAUUGUAUAAUCUGCAUGACUUCUACGUACGAACUAUAUUAAUCAUGCAUUAAUUGAUCUUUCUCCAACAUUAUGGUUU